AUGCCGGGAGAGGUCAUCGACCGUCCCAAUCCAUCGGCGCUGCCGUCACAGCUGCCUGACGAGGUCCUGAACCUUGCAGUCAAGCUCCAGAGAAAGCCACUUGACAAAGAUGUAGCCCAAUCACUUGAAGACUUCCAGAAUGCCGCCUGCUACAUCGCGGCUGCUAUGAUCUUCCUGCAGGACAAUGCUCUCCUCGAGUCAGACCUCACGUUCGAUCAUGUCAAGCCACGACUCCUCGGUCACUGGGGGACGUGUCCCGGCCUCAUUCUGGUCUGGUCACACCUCAAUCUCUUGAUCCGCAACCACGACCUCGAGAUGAUCUAUGUCAUCGGUCCCGGCCAUGGAGCGCCUGCCGCCCUGGCCUCUCUUUGGCUCGAAGGCUCCCUCGAGCGCUUCUAUCCAAAGCAAUAUCCCGUCAACAGGAAGGGUCUCUCGAACCUUAUCAGCGGGUUUUCUGUGCCUGGAGGCUUUCCCAGCCACAUCAAUUCGGAGACGCCCGGUUCCAUCCACGAGGGCGGCGAGCUCGGCUAUGCUCUGGGGGUAUCCUUUGGUGCCGUCAUGGACAAUCCUGACCUGAUUGUCACUUGCGUGGUGGGAGAUGGUGAGGCGGAGAGCGGACCUACAGCAGCCGCCUGGCACGCCAUCAAGUAUAUUGACCCAAAAGAGUCUGGCGCUGUCAUCCCCAUCCUCCACGUAAACGGCUUCAAGAUUAGCGAGCGCACCAUCUUUGGCUGCAUGGACGACAAGGAGAUAGUUUCGCUUUUCAGCGGUUACGGCUACCAGGUUUGCAUUGUCCAGGACCUCGCCAAUAUCAACGAAGACCUCGCGAACGCACUGGAGUGGGCACUUUCUGAGAUCAAGAAGAUCCAAAAGGCUGCGCGGUUUGGAGAGCCAAUUUCUAAGCCCCGAUGGCCCAUGCUGGUGAUGAGGACCCCGAAGGGCUGGAGCGGACCCAAAAAGGUUGACGGUAAGAUUGUCGAAGGAUCGUUCAACUCGCACCAGGUUCCUUUGAAGAAGGCCAAAACGGACGAGAGCCAUCUCCGCAAUCUCAAGGAGUGGCUGUCGUACUACAAGAUCAACGAUCUCUUAACCGACGGAAAGCCGAACAACACCAUCCUCGACAUUCUCCCCAAAACGGACGCGAAGAAACUUGGACAGUUCAAGCCAACACAUGAGCCUUACAUCGGUCUAGAUCUUCCUGACUGGAAGUCAUUCAGUGUCGAACGCGGUCACCAGAACAGCGAGAUGGAGGCGACGGCUAAGUUCCUUGACCGGGUCAUCCAAGACAAUCCGCACACCUUCCGCAUGUUCUCACCCGACGAGCUGGAAAGCAACAAGUUUGGAGCUGUUCUCGAACAUACGGGGCGCAACUUCCAGUGGGACGAGUUUUCGAGGAACAAGGGGGGCCGCGUCAUUGAGAUUCUGUCAGAGCACUGCUGCCAGGGCUUCAUGCAGGGCUACACGCUCACCGGACGAGUCGCUCUGUUUCCCAGCUAUGAAUCGUUCUUAGGAAUCGUCCAUACGAUGAUGGUCCAGUACGCCAAGUUCAGCAAGAUCGCUCAGUCGCUUGAGUGGCGCGGUGACCUGGCAUCAAUCAACUACAUCGAAACGAGCACCUGGGCGCGCCAGGAGCACAACGGCUUCUCCCACCAGAACCCCUCAUUCAUCGGAGCCGUCCUGAACAUCAAGGCCGAGGCCGCAAGAGCAAGUCCCAUCAAGAUUCCCUCCAUUGGGACCCAGCCGACUACAACCUUCCUCUCCCCCGAAGACGCCGAUGAGCAUUGCCAGGCCGGCGCCUCCAUCUGGCCUUUCGCCUCCACCCCACUUGCAGAGGGCGACCAGCCCGACGUUGUCCUCGUCGGCAUCGGCGUCGAGGUGACCUUUGAAGUUGUUAAGGCCGCCGAGCUCCUGCGCACGUUGGCCCCGUCGCUCAAGAUCCGCGUCGUCAACGUCACGGACCUCAUGGUCCUCGUCGCCGAGUCGCGCCACCCGCACUCCCUGACGCGCGACGAGUUCAUAGCCAUGUUCACCGCCGACAGGCCCGUAUGCUUCAACUACCACGGCUACGCCACCGAGCUGCAGGGCCUGCUUUUCGGCAGGCCGAACAUGGACCGCAUCAGUAUUGAGGGCUAUCGCGAGGAGGGCAGCACGACGACGCCGUUUGACAUGAUGCUCGUCAACUGCGUCAGUCGGUUUGACGUCGCCGCGAGGGCGCUUCGCGGCGGGGCCGCAUUCAAUGACAAGGUGAGGACGGAGCUGGACCGACUGUUGAAAGAGAUCGAUGGCCGCGUUGAGACGAUUCGGGACUUCAUCAACAAUGAGGGCAAAGGUCAGCUUUCUUCGCCGUGUACACGCACUCUGUGA